GCGACUGAGAUUUCCAUCCUAGCUAGUAGUACCGUUAUUAUUCCAGCAGUUUUCACCCAAAUGCGAACGAGCAGUGUAGACAGUCAGGAAAGAAGGUGAUAGAUGUUCAAAUCGUCUGGGUAAAUAUGUUAAACCUGAAGCGAUAAUGGUAAAGAUGUGGUCGGGAUCAGAACGGUUCAUCAUACAGAUGUUACCAGAUGGGGAGAAGGGAAUCAUUAAUCUGGUGUAAUAGUCUGACGGUAGGGACAUUUUUAUGACGCUAUUUCCAUGUAUUCUAGCCAAAGUAUGAGCAAUAUGAAGGAUACACCGACUAUCCGUCAACAGAGCUCGGAGAAUAACUCCGUCAGCAGUAGUGAAUGGGAUAUGGCAAAUGAUGUGUUUGUGACCAGCUACGACGACACUCCGAUGGGAGAAGGUGUUGCUGCCGGGGAAGGGGAUCCGGAGCAGCCCGGUCUGGACCGACACCUGCCGCUGCUGUCCCCGGAUGGCCUGAUGCUGGGCCUGGCUGGGGAACAGUACUCGGGCUCAUCGUAUCUGGACCCAAACUACACGGAAAGUGACGGGAAUGUGACAACCAAAAAGCGCAUACGGUCCAACAGCUCCCGGCACCGCGGCGAGGUGGUGACGGAGCUGGGACCGGAGGAGAUCCGCUGGUUCUACAAAGAGGACAAGCGGACGUGGAAACCAUUCGUCGGACACGACUCUUUACAAAUUGAGAUUGUCUAUCGGAGGUUCAGUGAACAGAACCCAGACAAGGUCAACCGCCCCGCGGAACCACCCGAGGCCGAGGGGAAGGAGGAAACCCAGGCAGAGAGCGGGGCGGUGGACGGGGUCCGGGCGGAGCAGCCGGUGCUGGGCUGCGGAGGGCAGCGGCUCUCCGGGUCAGACGAGAUGAGGGACCCGGACGACAUCCUCAUCGGCGUGGAGGCAGUGUGUGUCAGAGGGGGGCUCUAUGAAGUGGAUAUCAAGGAGAAGGAAUGUUACCCCGUUUACUGGAACCAGCAAGACCGUAUCCCUGUGAUGAGGGGGCAGUGGUUCAUCGACGGGACGUGGCUUCCCCUGGAGGAGGACGAGAGUGACCCCAUCGAGAUCGAGUACCUGGCCCGUUUCCGAGGGCAACAGAUGAGGGACACUUACAAGAUGGAGGUGGUGGACACCACAGUGGACAGCAAGGAUGCCAUCCACAGCCGGAAACUGAGCCGGAGUCACGUGGACUGGCACAGCGUGGAGGAGGUGUAUCUGUACAGCGACGCCACCACCUCCAAGAUCGCUCGCAGUGUCACACAGAAACUGGGCUUCUCUAAAGCCUCCAGCAGCGGGACACGUCUCCAUCGGGGAUACGUGGAAGAGGCGGCACCUGAGGACACCCCACCCGAAACCACCCACAUCGUCUUUGUGGUGCAUGGCAUUGGCCAGAAAAUGGACCAGGGUCGCAUCAUCAGGAACACCAGCAUGAUGAGAGACGCUGCCAGGAAGAUGGAGGAGAAGCAUUUCUCAGAUCGCACCACAGAGCAUGUAGAGUUCCUUCCUGUGGAGUGGAGGUCAAAGCUGGCUCUGGAUGGAGACAGGGUGGACUCCAUCACCCCAGACAAAGUGCGGGGCCUCAGAGACAUGCUGAACAGCAGCGCCAUGGACAUCAUGUACUACACCAGUCCGCUGUACAGAGACGAGAUCACCAGAGGUUUGACUCUGGAGCUGAAUCGUCUGUACUCGCUCUUCUGCUCGCGAAAUCCGGACUUUGAGAAAAACGGGAAGGUGUCGAUUGUGUCUCACUCGCUGGGCUGCGUCAUCACCUUCGACAUCAUGACAGGCUGGGACCCCGUGCGCUUUCAUCAUCAAGAAGUGCCAGACCCGGAGGAGGCCAAGGCCCGCUGGCCUAAUGGUGAGGAGCGCCACCUUCAGGAGCAGUUGAGACUCACACGCCUCAGGUUGAGAGACUUAGAGGAUCAGUUCCAGGGUCUGCGGACUUCCUCUUCUGCUGUGCCAGAGUUGAAAUUCAAGGUAGAAAACUUCUUCUGCAUGGGCUCUCCUCUGGCUGUUUUCUUGGCUCUGCGGGGGAUCCGGCCUGGAAACAGCUGUGUGCAGGACCACAUUCUCCCCACAUCCAUCUGCAAACGCCUCUUCAACAUAUUCCAUCCCACAGACCCUGUGGCGUAUAGAUUGGAGCCUCUCAUCUUAAAGCACUACAGUAACAUUGCACCUGUUCAAAUCCACUGGUACAACACCACCAGCCCGACCCGGUACGAUCAGGUCCGGCCCACGCUGCUGAACCCCCCCAAGGAGACGGCCUCAGUGUCCGACUCAGAGAGCAUCCCCAGCCCCUGCACCUCUCCCCCGCAGGUCCGACGGCACUACGGAGAGUCCAUCACCAGCCUCGGCAAGGCCAGCAUCAUGGGUGCUGCCAGUAUUGGAAAGGGAAUCGGAGGAAUCCUGUUUUCCCGCUUUUCCCGUUCCAGUGGCCAGGUGGGCGGAGUGGAGGAGGAGCCAUUAGAUCCUGAGGGCGGAGCCUCUGAGGUUGAAACAGUGGCAUCAGGAGAGGAAGGAGUAAGUGUAGCAGAAACCGAGGAGAAGGACAAAGAAAUCGAGGAGGAGAGGACAGAGGUGGAGCCCGUCAUGUCCCAGUCCAUCUCAGCGGUCAUGGACAGCACCUCGUUGGAACUGGAGAGACGCAUCGACUUCGAGCUGAGGGAGGGCUUGGUGGAGAGCCGCUAUUGGUCGGCAGUGACCUCACACACAGCCUAUUGGUGCUCUUAUGACGUGGCACUGUUCCUCCUCACCUUCAUGUACAGACCACAGGAGCCUGUAGAGCCUGCAGAGGACAGCCCAGAGACCUCGUAGCAUGCAAACUGACACAUGGAGCCAUAACGGGUGGGGUCACUUCCCUUUCUAUUCGCCCCUUUUGAAUAUAGACUGAAAGCCCAGUUUAUGGAACAUUAAACAAAAAAAUUCCGUCUCUACAUCUUAAGUUUUCAAAAUUCAAAAUCAGAAUUCUCAGCUUGAUUUUUGUGAAAUAUUACCGUAUAAAUAACAAAUUAUUUAAUAUAUUCUAGGAUUUGGAAAUGUGAGAAUUUGGAGGACUUAUUAUUUUUAAAUGUAAUGUCAUCGAACAAUAAUCAAUUAUCAAGUAGUUGAUUUGACUGGAAAGGGGUUAGUCUAAAGCCCUGCUUGCGGUUCAACACUACAGCUUUGCCAUUUUUUAUUUUACAGCCCUAGAUUUAAUUUAAUAUUGGCUGUAAUAAGAUGAAAACUUUAUAACAUUUUAUUUUUAUUUAAAUUUGCCAUACUUCAUCCAACAGCAAUUUAAUUCACUUUUUUUUUUUGUGGCAUUACUUGACUUACAUAUCGGCUAGCAAUGCCAUCUAAACUGACAGAACCUCAAUGUGACCUUUGCUACAGACUGAGCUACUCUCCUGUUUCCUGCUCAACAACAGCUGUUUCCUGGGCAGAGCACCCUGCAGUGCCAGUGACCAAUCAUAUUUACUCGUCCAAUCACAAAGCUCUGUUGCUCCUUCACUGUGAAUGUGAUGCUGAACCUGUAGCCAUAGAAAGCCCCAGUGCUUGAUCCAGGUCAACCCUGUGCUCCUGUGAAAAGUGUUUUUUAUAAUCUCAUGCUUCAGAUGAGAACAAAACACACACAAUGCACUACAUGGACAAGGCUUUCUAAAACCUGAAUACUUUGCAGACAAUCAAAAAAGGUCAGCAUUUAAUGAUUUUGACCACUAGAGGGCAGAGACUUCAAAACAGACUCCUUCGCAGAGCCAGUGUGAGAGCAGCACGUUAGCAUAGCAUCAGUAGCUUCAGAGCUUCUCUGUGUCUAAACAGGAUGCAUUCAGGCACAGUGUUGAUUGUAGUUCCUCUGCAUUUUGGCAGUGCUCAACACACAAUCACUGUAGCUACACUCAUUAAAUAGAAAACACAUAGGCUCUGUUUUUCAACGUGCAAUGCUAAGCUAAAAAGUUGCUACCUUCAGGAUGGUUCCAUUUAUAUGCACUCAUGUAACCAGGUUGUAUUUGUUUUUUUUACAAUUUAGAUUUCUUACAUGCUAGAUUCCAGACAAAAAGGUGUCAAUGUGAAAGGAGAAAACAUUAGUAGUUACAAUGCAUCCUUGUAAUUCAAUUCAAUCUAAAGUCUGAUGGUAAUGGAAAUGAACACCAAGGGUUCUAUUUUUUGUUAUUGAGUGUCGUUCAAACACACUAUCUGUAAUUUGCUCUGGCUUACUGAAACGUUGUCUUUAAUUAAACAAAUGUAUGUCAACAAUUUUCAUAUAACUAUAUUAGGUUAGUUGAAAGCAAUAAUAUUAAGUUUAACCUAAUAUUUUCAUUAGGUUUCAACGAACGCAAUACAGUUAGUGAAUUCUGUCGACAUGAUACAUUGAAUUAAAGUCAACAUUUCAGUUUUUCAGUGUUGGCAUAACUAGAUAUGCCAACACUGCACAAUCAGCCCAAAAAGAUUGUCACACCUCACAUCAGUCACUACUGUAUGUGAGUAUCAGUUUCAAUAGGAAUUUUCCUACACACCCAAAUUGUUUCUUUGUGUAAGCCAGUUUCUUGAGUGCAUCUAAACAUACUACAUGACACUCUAGGUUGUGGUUCUAUGAGCAGAGCAACACUACAUGGAAGAAAUGUAAAUGUACAUGAUGGUUAUAAGAUCAUUGUAGCAUUGCUGCUGCAUGAAGAGUCGCUUCAGGUAGGAUCCCUUCACGGCAUGUAUGCACAGCGAAAAUAUCAAAACCUAUCCUUAUCGACUUUACUCCACUCUCGUAUCAUCAUGUUUACAUAGAACUGUUGUUUGUCAGGAAUUAAGGACACACACUGAUGAUUAACUGAUAAAAAAGCCUAGUAUUCUUGAGUUGCCAACAGAAUACUUCUUUACCAGAUUAUGCCAUAACUGUAAUCUCAGUCUGUUAAACACAUACCAGAGACUAAAACACUGCACAUGAUUUCCUGUAUUUUAUUAAGAGGUAUCGUACCAAAGGAUCACUCAUUUGUCAAACAGUUCAAAUAAAUAGUCAAAUAUUGCUUGUUAAUAUGAAUACUGUGUGACCCAGGAUGGAUUUCUUCUCGUUUAUGUAUUUAUCUUUAAGCAUUUGAAUGUUUUUCAAGGAAGUUUAAUACACACUUACAAACGAAGCAUGGUUUGGAUAUGUGCCAUGUACAGAUUCUCUCUCUUUUUGAGUCAUGAUCAGCAUGCGAACCGACAUUAAGGUCCUGCUGAUUUAUGAAAUGCUACAAAUGGAACACUCAUACCAGCCAUGAAUGAAGCCUACAAUUGUAUAUUUGUACCCUUUUGUUUAUUGCUUUGUUAUUAUUUCAUGUUUACAGUGCUGUUUUUCUUUUGGAUGUUCAUUAUGUUAUGUUUGUAUGUGUAUUGUUUACAUUCCCAACAAUGCCCUCUGGCCUCCAACUGCACCCACAGUCAACUCAUCCAAAGUCUGUUCUAAUGGUCACCUACACAAACAGAAAUGCAUCUCAAAAGCUUGAUUUGUUAUUUAACUCAAUUAUCUUUCUUUUGAAUUAUGAUCACAUGCAACAAGUAUGCAUUAGCACUUCAGUUGUGGGGAAUGUAUUGCUUACUGGGUAGUUAGCACCCACUCGUGAGAGGCAGGUAACACUUGAACAAAGGUUUAUUGAACUUAUAUUAAAGCGUUACAGGAGGUUAUUUCCAUCCAAAUGCAUCUCAACCAGUCUACUACAGACUACAGAGCUAUUGAUCCCUUUAACAUCUCUGUUUACUACAUUCACAUCAGCAUCACCUAGCCUCCUUCGUCAAAAACGCAGAUUUAACUUAUGUACCGAUGUGCAUCAGGUAAAACUUUGAAAAACACAACGUAUUAUUGUCAAAACUGGUUAAAAAAAUUGCAUCAGUGAGCAAGCAUUAAGAUUCUCCCUGAAUCCAAAUAAAUGCAUAAUGUUGCUUAAAGGAUAGGGAUUAGGUUGAAUUAUGACUAUGAGUUAUUAUCUAACAGUCUGGAUGUUGAGUCUCUGCUGGAGUUUGGUUGGUGGCUGAUGGUGUUUUUUCCAUCUGCUCCAAUGUCACCCAAAUGCUAAACAGGACUUUAUUUCUCCUUGUUUCAAUGUCUAUUGUAAAUGUCAUAGGAUUUAGUGGGUAUCCAUGUGGAGCAACUCAAUCCACCAUCACCUGUGCCAUAUGUAAGCAACCCAAACACAUGCUAGAGAUUCCUUGUUUUGAAGUGACAGGAGUGUGUCCUCCUGAGCACCGAUGUGGUGUUGCGAUGCGUUCAAGCGUAUGGCUGGAGGUAAUUCCACUUCACCAAGUUGAAAAUAAAUAAACAUUCUCUCGAUAAAUGGUUGGGCAGAAAAAACUGUUGUCAAAUCACAUUCAGUGAUGUAGAACAUAUCAUCUCACGACCAAGUUUAUUCACCAAUCAGUGACUAAUUGGACAAUGGACUGUUCACAUUUCAUGUUAAACAAUUUUUGUAGUGCCAUUUUCCAGUAUCCAAUUGUAACAGCUGAACUGUGCAAUCAGGGAAGUAUUGGAACAUCUUCAGAGGAAGGUCAAAUUCCUUUAUUGACUGAAAGGUAAUGAGAUGUCCUACUUUGCAUUUAGGGUUACUGUCAUUCUGUUGCCAUGAUCACUGCGUCUCCCCUCGCUGUACUGUUCCUUCUCAGAUGAUAUGGUGCUUUACCUUGAUAGACCUUUGAUUUUUCUUUAAAUAAAGGAGAAGUACACCUCC